UUGAGUUUGGCAAGAGCGGUUGAAGGCUAUCACAGAUUUGCUGUCUCUGGUGUUUGAUAACUUACAGAUAAAAAUGUAAUACAGGAUACACUUUUCCAAGCGCAGCUUCCCCAAUUUCUCGUGGACUGAGCACUGCCACUCUCGCGGGUGGCACAGGGACCCCACGCGGGGAGGAGGACAAGCCACCCUGGACACCCAGUGGAUGUGCACACCUGCCUUUGUGGAAGACUUGCUCCCCUCGAGUGUGGCUUCAGGAUGUGACUGAAGGUGACUCAACUCCCUUUCGGCCCACAGCCCUAUGGCUUCCUGUCCCGUGCUGCAGAGGGAAAGUGUGUUCCAGACAGGUGACUACGUCUACAGAAUCCCGGCUCUGCUCUACCUGCCACAGCAGAAGACCCUGCUGGCCUUUGCAGAGAGGCGGGUGAGCAAGGUGGAUGAGCAAGCCGAACUGAUCGUCCUGCGCAGAGGGGGCUACAACUUGACCACCCACCAGGUCCAGUGGCAAGACCAGGAGGUGGUCACCCAAGCCCAGCUGGUGGAUCACCGGUCCAUGAACCCGUGCCCCUUGUACGAUGAGAAGACUGAAACCCUUUUCCUCUUCUUCAUCGCCAUUUUGGGGCAGGUUUCUGAGCAACACCAGCUCCAAACAAGGGUCAAUGUGACGCGGCUGUGCCAAGUCACCAGCACCGACCACGGGAGGACCUGGAGCCCAGUCAGAGACCUCACCAACACCGCCAUCGGCUCGGCCCACAGGGAAUGGGCCACCUUUGCGUUGGGCCCGGGCCACUGUCUGCAGCUGCAAAACAAGACCAGUAGUCUGGUGCUGCCUGCCUACGCUUACCGGAACCUUUGUUCCCUCCGGGUACCUUCCCCCUUCGCUUUCUGCUUCCUCAGUCAUGACCAUGGAGACAUGUGGGAACGAGGGCACUUUGUGGCCCAGGAGUCCGUGGAGUGCCAAGUGGCUGAAGUUGGGGUUGGGGAGCAGAGUGUGGUGUACCUCAAUGCCAGAAGCUUCCGGAGAGCCAGGGUCCAGGCCAAGAGCACCAACGAUGGGCUCGACUUUAAGGACCCCCAACCAGUGAAGAAGCUCUUGGAGCCUCCCAAUGGCUGCCAUGGGAGCAUCAUCAGCUUCCCCAGCCCCCACGCAGGGUCAGCCUCCUCGGACACGUGGUUGCUCUACAUCCAUCCAGCUGACCCAAACCAGAGGUCCAACCUGGGCGUGUACCUCAACAAGAGGCCCCUGGACCCUGAGGCCUGGUCAGAGCCUUUUCUGCUGGCCACUGGCAGCUGUGCCUAUUCCGACCUCCAGAGUAUGGGAGUUGGGCCUGAUGGGUCCCCCCAAUUUGGGUGUCUGUAUGAAUCCAAUAAUUGUGACAAGAUCAUCUUCCUCUUAUUCACCCUGAAGCAAGCCUUCCCAGCUGAGUUUUGACUCCAUUGUGAGCCAGCUGCAGGCCAGCCAAGGACGGCUUCCCGCUGGCCCAGAGCCCCUGUCUUCUUUACGCACUAAUUGAAAGGCUAAUUAUUUUCCUUUUCUUUGGGGGCCCUCCGGACUCUGGAUGCCAGCUUUUGGUUCGCCUCAUUAAAAGUAUGUGGAGAGAUCUGCCUCUUGGCUGUUUUUCUCCUUCGUUGCUUCAAUUUUCCCAGAAGAUUCUAUUUUCAGCCCAGAAAUGAAGGAACCUGGCUUUUCGUAGCCCCUUGAAAGGGAAGGUGCUGAGAGUUCUCCACAGCGACUGCUCUGUGCACCUCAACCUGCCUCCCCCCCGCUCCCCCA